GGAAAUGCUCUUCGCAAAGCUGCUAAGCUCAAUAAAAUUUCCUUUUUGUUCUUCCGAAAUUUAGAAAAUAAUAUCGAGCGGUAAAGAAGAUUCUUACGGCUAAAAAACAAUCCGGAGGAUUUUGAACGGAAACUGUAGUUUAGCGGGAACAUAAAUAAUUUGAAGAAUCAAAGCCUUCAGAUUUCAAAGCUCCACUUCCGCCUAGACAAUGGAAGACGCUAUACAGAGAAUAGCGACAGAUAUUGAAACCCAAACCACCAUUUCAGAAUCUAAUCUCAAAGAACUCCAAACGCUCUUAGAUUACACCCUAAGCACCCAAGAUCCCACAGAUCUCGAAGCCCUCUACAAUGAAAUUUCUUCAAGAAACCUCCCUCCCACUGCUCUAUCCAACUCAAUAUCCUCAACAAUGGACUCUGGUCCACCCCAUGUUUCAAUCCUGGCAUCCACUGUUUACUUAUCUCUUCUUCUCUCCCCAAGCUGUCCCGUAUUUACUAUUUUCACCCCCAUGGCUUUUCAGUCGCUUCUCCUGUCCAUUCGCAGAGCUUUGAAAAGCACGCGUGUGCCUUCUGAAGGGGGUUCAGGGUCAAGAAAGCCUGAAAGGAAAGGAAAGGGGCGUGGUCGAGGAGGUCCAGGGAAGAACAGAGGAAAGAAUGUGGAGCAUUGUGAGGACGUGGGUGAAGAAGAUAGGGUUUUUGAUGUUACAGUUUUGUUCUGUGUACUUGAGAGGCUGGAAUCGGUUAUGGGUUUGGUCCAUUUGGAUAGGUUUCCUGAUUGUUUAAGGACUUUGGUUCAAACUGUGGCUGACAUUCCUGUAAUGGCAAGUGAAUGCCCUGGGGGUUCAAGGGUGUACGCUAGGUUAUGUGAGUUGUGUUCACGGCUCCUAAGGGAAGUCCUUAAGCCUGAGCACGGGGAUCCGAGGGUCUCCUCUGCUGAGCUUUUGAAGUCAUUGACACCUUUGAUUCUUUUGGUUAAGUCUCAAGCAAAAACAUUUGCUUUAGAAUUUAUAGUGAUCAGGAUGGUGAGUAUGGCCAAAGGUUCUCCUAUAAUAAAGGAAGCAGUUGUGAAUUUGCCUAAGUAUUUGGUUCACAAGUCUCCAGAAAAGGCUGAGCCUAGAGCUUCAGCUGUGGCCUCCAUACUACAGAUUGUUAAAGUUCUAGACUUUGAGGAUCAAAUUGCGUUUGCUGAUUUUGUAGUGAAGAUGAGCCAAGGGAAGGCAAAUUUAAGGCUUUUGGCCGUGGACCUCUUUCCAGCAUUGUUAAUGUCAAUAAAAGAUCCAUUAGGAUGGAAUUCAGAUACCGGUGUUGAGAAUUCUUGGGGUUUGAGAUGUUUGAGUGCACUGAUUCAGCGGUGCUCUGAUUCAACAGCUGGGAUUAGAGCUCGGGCUUUGACCACUUUAGCAAAUCUGCUGGUACAUUUUUCUGGGGAUGUUAAGAGCAGAUCAGCGAUGAAGGGAUUAAUGGGGUUCGGAAAUGAUGGAUCUAAUCUGGCACAAGAUGGAAUCAUCUUUAUCUUGAAAAGUCGGUGUGCGGAUGAGAAGGCUGCAGUUAGGAAGGCUGCUCUCCUUCUGAUAUCCAAGUUGACAUCUCUAUUAGGCAGUGCUGUUGAUGAAGAUUUGAUAAAGACAGUGGGCUUUGCUUGUUAUGAUCCACUGGUUAGCAUAAGGAAAGUGGCAAUCUCAGCUCUAUCUGAGAUCAUGUUUUGAUAUGUUAUACAGGCUUUUAGAUUGGCCUUAGGAGACUUUAUAACAAAAGAGUGGCUUCAUUCGGUUCCACGUCUAAUAGCUGAUAAUGAAACCAGCAUCCAGGAAGAAUGUGAAAACUUGUUUCUUGAAUUGGUUAUUGAUCGAAUCGCACAAGUUAGUUCUAGUCGUUCUCCCCACCAAAUGCCCAAAUUUUCAGGUUCAAGUGGAAGUUCCAGAAACUCAGACAUGGAAAUUGAACAAUCAUGCAACGGUGGACUUUUAUGUCUGUUGAGAGAGAUGUGUAAUAGUGAGGUGGCACCUUGGGUGAAGAAGAUUUGUGCAAGUUUAGGAAAGAAAAAAAAACUAAAACCGAAGAUUGCUGUAGCACUUCAAAAUAUCAUAAAGACAUCUGAAUCUCUGUGCUUAAGAGAAUCAAUGCCAAUAGAGAAGUGGACCGCACCUUUAGGUUCAUGGUUUCUUUUAUCAGAGGUGUCUGCAUUCCUCCCUCGAGCGGUUGAAUGGGAGUUCCUUCGUCAUCAUUGGCAGCUUCUGGACAAGCAUAAACCUAACAAUAAUGGUGAAAACCAGUUUGUGCAAGGCAAUUCAAACACUGAGGACAUUGACACAACCGAAUCAAAUUCUGUUACUUGGGCUGGAGAUCGUGUUUUUCUUUUGCAAACAAUCUCUAAUGUUUCUGUGGAGCUCCCCGCGGAGCCUGCAGCUGACCUGGCUCAUGAUAUUUUCACUCGUCUAGAGCAGUUCAACAUGCACUCAACAGAGGUUGAUGCUCAUGUAAAAGCUCUUAGAACACUGUGCAAGCGAAAGGCUAUGAGUCCUGAGGAGGCGGAUUCCCUUGUUACAAAAUGGGUUCAACAACUCUUGUCUGACGUGUCCAAAAUUCUAGAUUUGUAUAUGUCAAAGAACAAAGAAAUGAAGGAACAAAGUGCAUUUCUCACACCUCAACGUUUUGGAAGUGAAAUGGGGAAAGCAACUGGUGUAUCAUCACCAUUACUAUCACGAACAUUGACUGCAGUUCAUACCUUGGGAAGCCUGGUUAUGGUUUGCCCUUCGGCUGAUUUGAAAUCCAUAAUUCCAGUUUUACACACAAUAAUCACUUCUGAUGGUACUGAUCAGAGGGCUAAAAAAUUACCAGGGACUUCGGUUUCUAUCAAGCGAACAGCUCCUUCCCUGUAUGUUCAAGCUUGGGUAACCAUGGGCAAGAUCUGUCUUGCCGAUGGAGACCUUGCAAAGCGUUACAUUCCUCUGUUUGUCCAGAGGGCGUUGACACAGUUCCUUAUUUUCAUGUACAUGCUUUUCUAGGAGCUUGAAAAGAGUGACUGUGCUGCUCUUCGUAACAACAUAGUUGUAAUGAUGGCAGAUUUUUGUGUACGACACACAGCUCUAGUGGACUGUUAUCUAUCGAAGAUAACUAAGUGUCUAAGGGAUUCGUGCGAAUUAGUUAGACGGCAGACAUUUAUACUACUUGCAAGACUAUUACAGAGAGACUAUGUGAAGUGGAGGGGAGUUCUGUUUUUGCGGUUUUUAUUCUCUCUCAUCGAUGAAUCUGAGAAGAUAAGACAGCUGGCCGAUUUCCUGUUUGGGAAUAUCUUAAAAGUGAAGGCACCACUUUUGGCCUAUAAUAGCUUUGUGGAAGCUAUAUAUACCUUAAAUGACUGCAAUGCUCAUACUGGAUCUAGCAACUCCCAGAGUUCAAGAAGCGAAACACAUCUUUUCUCAAUCAGAGGAAAUGAUGCGAAGUCAAGGUCUUCAAGAAUGCACAUUUAUGCCACCUUGCUUAAACAGAUGGCUCCAGAACAUCUUUUAGCAACAUUUGCUAAAGUAUGUGCAGAGAUCCUUGCUGCUGCUUCUGAUGGGAUGAUCAAUGUAGAUGAUACUACUGGACAAUCUGUUCUGCAGGACGCCUUCCAAAUUCUGUCAAGCAAAGAAAUCCGAAUAUCAGCCAACCGUGGGGUGCAAUCCGACUCAGCUGACAUGGAUGAUGAAACUGGGGACGGUGGACCUGCAGCUGCUGGUAAGGGAAACACUAUAACUCAAGCUGUCAAGAAAGGUCUUAUACAGAACACCAUCCCCAUCUUCAUUGACUUGAAACGUCUGCUUGAGAGCAAAAACAGUUCUCUUAUUGGUUCUCUCAUGGAAUGCCUCCGGGUCCUUCUCAAGGACUACAAGAAUGAGAUUGAUGAAAUACUAGUUGCUGACAAGCAGCUCCAGAAAGAGCUUAUAUACGACAUGCAGAAAUAUGAGACGAUGAAGUCUAAAACAACUGCUGCUGAGGCUGUUGCGACGAUGCAAAGAUCGGAUACUUACCAAUCCCCUGCUGUUUCCGACAUGUUGAAGAAGGCGAAGCUGCACAGCGAUCCGAAGGUUGCUUCGGCAAUAGCAGAGGCCUCGGCAUUAGCAGUUGCUCAGUCUGUGCUAAGGGAUGUGAAUCAUGGGGCCGCAACACCACCGCUGAGUGCAAUGAGGGCACCUAAGCUCAAGUCCUGCUCAGCAACAGGAUUGGCAAGUCGAGGAGAACGGUCUGCAGCUGUGCUACAAUCUCUGAGGAGAAGGCAGACGUUUGAUUCUGAUGAUGAAAAUUGAUUCCCCCCCUUCCAGUUUGAGAUUUUGGAAGCUAAGCUUGAUCCAUGUAUGUUGUAAGUACCGCCAAUGUAAAAGGUUUCUCUUGAGUAGAGUAACUCACUUGUAUGUAUCGUGGCUGCUUAGGAGUUAGGAUUAGCUUUUUCACAAUGUAAAAACAGGUUCCAAAUGAAAUCUAUACAAAUUUUUUCAAUAAAAGAAUUA